AUGAUUCAGCGGGAUUUCAUCUUCGUUGUGACCGUUCUUAAAAGCAUUCAUUUCGUAACGGGUGACAUAUGGCAACAAGUCGCAAAUCAUGCAGCCUGGGUGAAAUUGGAAUCAUACGAAUGCGGCUUUAGCGCCGCCGAUCGAAUCAUCGGAGGCAUGGACGCGGCGCUGGGACAGUUCCCUUGGAUCCUCCGACUGGGAUACAAUUUGCCUGGCGAAGACGAAUUGGACUGGAUGUGCGGCGGAGUGCUAAUCACAGACCGGCACGUUGUUACGGCGGCCCAUUGCAUACAAACGGAUGAAAAUGGAUACAAACUGAAUGCCGUACGCGCGGGCGAAUACGAUGCACGAACCAACCCCGACUGCCAGUUGAAUGUAUGCGCGCCGCCUUUGCAAGACAGAGGGGUGAAAAGCAUCAUCAGCCAUCCCGAUUUCAACGAGCCACCGUUCCACAACGACAUCGCCGUCAUUGAACUGCAAGCGCCGCUUGAAUUGAACGACUACGUGGCACCUAUUUGCUUGCCACAACGUGAUCAGCUGACUGAUCUUCAAAUCGGUGAGCUGGUUACGGUCGCUGGCUGGGGCAAAAUGAAUAUGUCUACAGAUAAACGAGCUGAUAUCUUACAAUACAUAUCGUUACCAGUUGUCACACCAGAGUCGUGCAAUUUCUUUGGUCGAGCGUUCAAAGUGGCAGAGUCGGAAAUUUGCGCGGGCUCUCAGCGCAAUAAGGAUGCUUGCGGUGGCGACUCUGGUGGCCCCCUAAUGAAGAUUUUUGACACACCCGAAGGACCGAAGAGUUUCCUAAUCGGUGUAGUUUCCUUCGGACCAACUGUCUGCGGAAUUAAAAAACCAGGCGUUUACACAUCCGUGCCUUAUUUUCUUAAAUGGGUAUUAGAUCAUAUAGUU